AUGUCGCAAGCGCAGCCUCAGCAGAUCAACGUAGCAGAUCUUGACCUAAACCAGCUCUCAGAUGUCAAGAGGCAACUGGAGGAGGAAUUGAACCAUUUUACGAACUCUUUCGCGCAACUGAAGCAAGCCCAAGCCAAGUUCAAGGCAUGUGUGGAGAAUGUUAGUGAGAUCAAGCCCGAAAAUCAGAAUAAAACUAUCCUGGUUCCCUUGACCAAUUCCCUGUAUGUUCCUGGAAAACUCAGCAACCCGACGCAUGUAAUUGUCGACAUCGGCACGGGGUACUUUGUGCAAAAGACGCGCGAGGAGGCAGCCAAACAUUACAAUGCGAAAGUGGACUACAUUCGCACAAACCUUGAAACGCUGGAAGAGACGAUCACGAAGAAACGUGACAAUUUGAACUAUCUUGUCAACGUAAUGCAGGCCAAACUACAGUCACAGUCAGCGCCGAGUAAAUCAUCUUAG